AUGUCACACCAUGGGUCAAGUUUCUUGCCAGGAGGCGCUCUCCUGCACCUGCCGGCGGACAAGGGCCCCUUCGUGCCAGGCUUCCCGGCGACCCAGAACGAGAGAGGCCCAGACACCACUGCCCAAAGCAAUCCAUCUCCGACACAGGGGAAAGAAUCCGUGCAGACGUCAACUCAGGCCAGUGCUGUUCCGGAUGUCUUGCACGGGGCUGUGAAAGAGACGGACACACCCAGGAAGCCCAAGCAGUCCCAGCGAACCCCAACUCCCAAGAAAACCCGAACUCCGAAGAAAAGCCAGGCUUCCCCAGCCAACAAGGGCAAAGGGUCUGGUGCUGGUUCCAGCAAGGACCCGGCAAAGGCUAAGGCUCUGGCAGGGACCGAUGCUCAGGGGGACACUGCGGCUGAUGAGACCGAGAAGGAUUCCAUGUACGCGGAUGGCAGCUACUGGAGGACUGUGCACAUGACAGCAUGA